AUGGGUGUUAGUGGAUCUCAAGAAAAUAAUGAAAAAAAACCUGUUGUAAUUAUUGUUGGUGGUGGUUAUGGUGGUAUACAAUGUGCUAAAAUAUUAGAUAAAAGUAGUCAAUUUUUUGUUAUACUUAUCGAUCGAAAAUCAUAUUUUCUUCAUAAUGUUGCUGCAUUACGUGCAACAGUAGAACGAGAUUUUGCACGAAAAAUUAUUGUUCCAUAUGAUCGAUUACUUACUAAUGGUUGUGUUGUACAAGCUGAAGUAAUAUCAAUUUCACAUGAUUGUAUUCAAGUUUAUGGACGAAAUGAACCAAUUUAUUUUAAUUAUUUAGUUAUAGCUACUGGUUCAUCAUAUGCUUUUCCAAGUAAAAUAGCUGAAAUUGAUAUAAACAAAGCUAUUAAUCUUUAUAAUGAUAUACAAGAAAAAAUUCAAAAAUCACAACAAAUAUUAAUUAUUGGCGGUGGUCCAGUUGGUAUUGAAUUAGCUGGUGAAAUAGCAACUGAUUAUCCUGAAAAACAUAUUACUAUUGUACAUAGUCAAAAAACAUUAUUACAACCAAAUAUAUAUAAUGAAAAAAUUUAUAAAAAUAUACAAGAACAACUUGAAAAACUUCAUAUUAAUAUAAUAUUAAAUGAUCGAAUUGAAUUAUUAAAUAAUCAUUAUAUUAAUUAUAUUGAAGAAAAACAAACUUUUAUAACAAAAAAUAAUAAAAUAAAUAUUACAGCUGAUUUAACAUUUAUAUGUACAGGUGCACAUAUUAAUAAUAGAAGUUUAUUAAAUAGUUCAUUAAAAUCAAAAAUUAAUCCUGAAACUGGUCGAAUUAUUGUAAAUAAUUAUUUACAAAUUGAUGGUUAUAAUAAUAUAUUUGCUAUUGGUGAUAUAUGUGAUAAAGAAGAAAAAUUUGCAUUUUUAGCUAAUAGACAAGCUGAAUAUGUUGCAAAAAUAAUUCCAUUAAUUGAAAAAAAAAAAUCUUAUCCAAAAGAAUAUAAAAUUCAAAGUCAUCGUGCUAUACUUUUAUCAAUUGGUCGUAAUGGUGGUAUUGGACAAUUACCAAUUAAAGGUGGAAUAACUGUUGGUAGUUGUAUUGUAAAAAAUUUUAAAUCAAAAGAUAUGUUUACAUCACGUUAUCGUUCAGAAAUGAAUUAUACUUCAGAUAAUCAAUUAGAAAAUCAAUCAACUUAUUUAAAUAAACUUGAUUCAAUACAAUCAAUUUUAUCUUUUACUGAAGAAGAUGCUCGAAAUUUACUUGAAGGUUUACCAAUUAAAGAUCUUGAAUCUAAUCAAGAUUUUAUUUAG